AUGCAUGUAGCGAUAAUUGUGAGCAGGUUUUUAAUGACCGGGACCUUUGCGAGACGGACUCAGUUCUUUUUGGCGCCGCAGUGGCAGCUUGCCGUAUUAUUGGCGCCAAACUUCCCCCUGGCUGGACGCGCUACUAAACAAAGUAGCGCCAUCCCAGCCUGGAGAAAAAGAAUUGAGGACCGUAUCGCAAAGGCAAGGGCCCUUAUCGGCAGACUGAUAAGCUUCAGGUCGGGUAAUAAUAGACCGAGGGUUGUGCGCUCCGUUAGAAUGGCGUUUGCUGGGACAAAAAUCAGUUUGUCCCAGCCGGAUAUCACGCAGAAACUAACGGAGCGCAUAGACGACCUGAAGCAAAAGAUUGCUGCUUGGGGGAAGCGGAUUCGCCGAUUUACCGAGAGGUCAAGGCGGUUCAACCAGAAUCGUCUCUUCCAGAGUGAUCAGAAGAGGCUCUACAAAUCAUUGGAGCGACCAGAGGUAUGUGGAGCGGGCCCAGGACCGGAUCAGGCUAACACUGUCGCAUUUUGGCGUGGCCUGUGGUCAGAGCCCGUAAACCACAGCGAGGGCUCUUGGACGGAAGUUGUGGCGAGUCAGUGUGCGAGUAUUACGCCCAUGGACCCCGUCAUCAUAACGCCGGAUGACGUAGCUGAGGCGGUCCGUAGAGCCCCGAACUGGAAAAGUCCGGGACUCGACGGACUGCAUCACUACUGGCUGAAGGGGUUCAUGGUGUGUCACGCUGUGCUCGCCCGUCAGUUUCAAGAGGCUAUCAACCAGAAGUCGCUCCCUAGCCUCUUCACUACUGGGAUCACUCAUUUGGUUCCUAAAGACCAGCCAUGUGAUUGA